ACUCGCUACACUGGAUGACGCUAGUUUCUACUUAGUGCUGUAAACUCUGCUGACGUUAGACUGAGCGGCUCAGAACGCAGAAAGAGGGGUCAUUAUAUACCGGUUCUGAGGCAACAAACAAGACGCCUUUCACACACUAUCAGUAUUACAUGCCAUCACAACAUCAAAGAAACAUACCAAAUCUCAGUCGACCUCAGUGCAAUGGGCAGAAGAAGUGAAAUCCCACCCUCGCUCUAUGGUGAACCUCGCAAGUUCGACCCCGCAUUCAAAGGGCCUAUCCACAACAGGCACUGUACAGAUGUUGUCUGCUGUGUGAUCUUUGUUGUUGUCAUCCUGGGCUAUAUUGUAUUGGGAACUGUGGCCUGGAUGCAUGGAGACCCAAGGAAAGUUAUUUACCCUACUGACAGCUAUGGGCAGUUCUGCGGCCAGCAAGGCACUACGAACGCGAACAAAGCCAUAUUAUUCUACUUCAACAUUCUGAAAUGUGCCAGUCCUGUAGUUCUCAUAAACCUACAGUGCCCAACAACACAGCUGUGUGUUUCCAAGUGCCCCGACAGGUUUGCAACCUACUUAGACAUGCAAUAUGCGUACAGAUACAACAAAAGCUACUGGGAAUAUUACAGGCAAUUCUGCAAGCCAGGGUUUAACAAUCCAAGAAAGUCUAUUGGAGAAGUUCUGCGAGAUGAAGAUUGCCCGUCAAUGCUAGUUCCAAGCAGGCCAUUUCUUCAGCGGUGCUUUCCAGACUUCACCACCAGAAAUGGGGUGCUGACUGUAGCCAAUAAAACUACCUUCAAAGAUGGACGAGGUAAAACGAGAAACGUGACCGAUCUCAGAGAGGCUGCCAAACAGGUUACAGCUAUUCAACAAGGAGGUGAAAGUGGUAUAAACAGUGUUCUUGAUGCAAGAGAAGUGGGAAUAAAGGUUUUUGAAGACUAUGCCGGCUCCUGGUAUUGGAUUUUAAUAGGCCUGGUCAUUGCGAUGGUGGUGAGCCUGCUGUUUAUCCUCCUCUUGCGCUACACAGCCGGGGUCCUGCUCUGGGUCAUUAUAUUCGGGGUGAUUGGGGUGAUUGGAUACGGGAUCUUGCACUGUUACUGGGAGUUCAGUACCCUCCGAGGGAAGCCAGGAGCUGACGUCACCAUCUCAGACAUCGGCUUCCAGACAGACUUCAGAGUCUACCUGCAGCUCAGUCAGACCUGGCUCAUCUUCAUGAUAUGUCUCUGCAUUAUUGAAGCCACUAUCAUACUGAUACUGAUUUUCUUGAGGAACAGAGUCCGCAUCGCUAUUGCACUGCUCAAGGAAGGAAGCAAGGCCAUCGGACAUAUAAUGUCGACGUUGUUCUACCCAAUCGUCACCUUCCUUCUCAUAGCGAUCUGUAUCUCAUACUGGGCUGUCACUGCCGUAUUCUUGGCUUCAUCUGGUGACCCAAUAUACAAAGUGAUGCCAGCCCAACCAAAGUGCAUGUAUGAAAACUUCACAUGUGAUCCUGAAACUUUCAGCAAAACGAAUGUGACCAAGCUGUGCCCGCACUCUCAGUGCACGUUUGCGUUCUACGGUGGCGAGAGCCUUUACCACAAAUAUAUCUUCAUCCUCCAGAUCUGCAACAUCUUCGUCUUCCUGUGGCUGGUGAACUUUGCCAUCGCUCUGGGCCAGUGUACUCUCGCAGGGGCCUUCGCAUCCUAUUACUGGGCAUUCAAGAAGCCAGGAGACGUCCCUGCCAGCCCACUCUUUUCUUCAUUCGGAAGAGCAAUAAGAUACCACACAGGCUCGCUGGCUUUUGGAUCUCUAAUUCUUGCCAUUGUUCAGUUGAUCAGAAUCAUUCUAGAGUAUUUGGAUCAUAAACUUAAAAGUGCACAGAACAAAUUUGCCAAAUUCGUGCUAUGCUGCCUGAAAUGUUGUUUCUGGUGCUUGGAACAUUUAAUUAAAUUCAUGAACAGAAAUGCAUACAUAAUGAUUGCAAUAUAUGGCAAAAACUUCUGUUCAUCAGCAAAGGAGGCAUUCUUUUUGUUGAUGAGAAACGUUAUCAGAGUUGCAGUACUAGAUAAGGUUACAGAUUUCUUACUGUUCCUGGGAAAAGUUCUCAUUGCAGGGAGUGUUGGUGUCCUCGCCUUUUUUUUCUUCACACACAGAAUACCUGUUAUUCAAGAAGAAGUGCCAUCAUUAAACUAUUACUGGGUACCACUACUGACUGUGAUAUCUGGCUCGUACCUGAUCGCCCAUGGCUUUUUCAGUGUCUAUGCAAUGUGUGUCGACACACUGUUCCUCUGUUUCUGUGAAGACCUAGAGCGAAAUGACGGAUCAGCAGCAAAGCCGUACUUCAUGUCUCCAGAGUUGCACAGAAUCCUGGGAAGAAAUGAACAAAGCCCUUAAAAAGGCUACUGACUAAUUGCUUCAAUUGCUGAGCUUCACCCGAAAUAGCUUUAUUUAUUCGUAAACCUACUGUAGCAUGCUUUAAGUAAUUUGGAUGUGCUGUUCAUGGGCUAAAGAAAUGUUAACAUUUAUGUGAAACUGGCCACAUGUAUGUGGACAGGUACAGACCAAGGGAUGCAGGGUUCUGUUCAAUUCUUAUCUGGCGCUGAAGGCUUUGUGUACAUUGUGUUAUUGGCUUAUUUUCUCCCGUGGAUGUCAUUUAAUCACAUUAAUAGGACUUUGAUAAGGUCAAAUGAACUAAUGCAGUUUAAUCCACUUUCUAACUGGUAUAAAUGAAGCCAGUAGUUUGAACAAAUAAAUAAAUUGAACAUUUGAACAAAAUGUACUAAUUUUAUGACAGGUGGAGUUUAGAGGGGACAAAAUGAAAAGAUUGAGUUGGAUUAGAUUUUUAGCACUAGAAUGCAUUUACAAAGUCAAAUUUAUCAUUUUUUUUGUAGCACAGUCAAUGUAUGGAAAGAUGUAUUAAUGCAUCUUUCUUUUAACAUUUAUUGUUAAUAAACCUAAUCGUUCAUUUGGAGAUUAAAAAAAAAAAUGUUAAAGGUGCAAUACAUAAAAACCUAUUACAUUUCUUAAAAAAAACCCUAAUGAAUGAAUCAAGUACAGUAUCUUCAUAGCUUCUUCAGUCCUUAUAUUUUAUACACACAGUGUAUUGCAUUUGCAUACAGUGUCAGUUUGAUAGGAAUUUUUGUACACUCAAUUUUUUGUUUUACUCAAGGUGUAAUAUAUUUUUAAAUAUUUUGUGAAAUAAAUUGAUUUUUUUUUUCUAAAGGCUUUUGAGAAAUACUAUACAAGUGUUUUUAUAUAAGCAAUGUUGAUUAGACAAUGAGCCAUACAUGGAUGAUACUGUGCCAUACCUUGAACAGAGUGUACUUUUGUUUUUUGUUUGAGGUUAUGUAGUUAUUUAGUUUUUUAUGGCCAGUGUCUUUUAAGACAUUCAUAUAAUUUAAAUAGAUCAAUACAAGUAAUAUAAUACAAAUAAUAAGAUUUGAACAGAAUCCUGUAUAAUUUUAGGAAGCCUAUAUUUUGACUAAUAAAAAGAACAGUUUCUAGUUCAGGUGCCUAGUUACUAAAAAAGAGAUUACAUUUUGGAUCUAACGCUGAACACCUUUUUGAAUUCCAUUUAUAAAGGGAUGUUAAAGCCAUUUUUGGUAAUUUUGUACGAGCGCAGUUCUUCAAAAGGGCUGCCUUUUAUAAUACUAACGACUAUUAUAUACUUGGUUUUGUAAGUCUUUGGGUUUGUACUAGGGGAGGUAUUUUGUAAAAAAAAAAAAAAAGAAAAAAGAAAGAAAGAACAAGAAGAAUGAAAUUGUUAAAUGAAAAACGUUUUUUAAAAAUAAAUUCUAAGAACUUUAACUUUGGUGCUAUGUCUUCGUAGAUUAAUCUUAACUGUGAAUAUCUACUAUUGUCUCCUCCUACCCCUAAUUUCAUUCUGAUAUAUACUAAUAUCCUUGGGUAAGAUUCAUUUUAAAGACGUUGUUAUGUUAAUAACCUGACUUUCUUGGUAGCAAGGCCAGCACUUUCCUUUAGUAAAAGCAAAAACAAUAAUAGUGUAAAUCCGUUUUCCAUUAGACCUGGGGGAGGGGGGUGUUGUCGACAGAAGGAGGAUUAUAUAAUGUUGUUUAGGCUGGCUUCCAUAAGAACCAUUUCCCUUUAAGAAAGUGUUACUUUACAUAGAAGUUGUUUUCUAAGUUACCAAAUAGUUCAGUAAUAGACGUCCCAGCUUUGUGGGCUACGCAAUUAUUUUGUGACUCUUUGGGUGUCAUUCUGGCCAUCGGAAAUAGUGAUCCAAGCAGCCCUGCCAGCAAACUUUUAUGAGCUUUUUAAGAUCGCAAACAUGAAUCAUUGCCUGCUUAGUUAUCUGGGCUUGAGCUCUCUAAGGUACACAUCAAAACGUAGUGUUACAGCUUAGUCAAGAACAAUGGGCAAGACCUCAACCAAUGGCCCAUCACGAUGUUAGGUGGGUGCUUGGUUAUUGGUAAUUGGUAAGAAAAAGUCCUGUCUGGUUUUGUUUUGAGGAUACAUCCCUGAAAUCCUCUGUUCAGAAUAUCUGUCUUCCCCCAACACUGUUUUACGUUACAUUUUAAAUAUACUGUAGUGAUGAAUAAAAAAAAAAUGCUUCCAAAACACCAAGACCCAUAUUUCCUGUUCAUUUGAAAUGCUGAUCUUUCACGUGAAUUUGUACAGCAGUCCUUUUCCAAAAGCAACAUAAACCCAGCAGUGUAUGCACAAUGAAACCUAUUUGAUGCUGUUCUAUUCCCAUUCCCAGUGGAAGAUCUUGAAAGAAACGACGGGUCCACAGAGAGGCCCUUUUACAUGAGCGGCUCUAUAAUGAAGAUUCUGAAGAAGAGAAACAAAGAGAAAAAGAUGAAAAAGAGGCCAUGAGUGUGGAAGGAAGCGGCUGUAAGAGUUUGGACUACCUAGAGAAAGUGGUUACAUUCACAAACUGUUAAGCUUUUUUUUUUUCUACCAAAGUCCGCAGGCAGUACUGUAAAGGAAUGGAAAUACUAGGAUUGCUUAUAUACAGAGGUUUUUUUUAUAUAUAUAUUUAUAGUCUUUUUUAGGUUUGUGUUAUUUGAUUUUCAAGGAAAAUAAAGGGAUUGACUCUAAUAAGAGUUCAUAUAUAUUUGUUAAUAGAUAUAUUCUAUUAUACUGCAAUUAUUUAGCUAUUUUUUAUUAUUUAUUAUUUGCAUUUUGUUUUCAUUAAUGGUAUAUUGACAGGUGAAUCCUCAACAAAUGGUGCCCAAUUUGGGCUGUUGGUGAAAUUACACUGGCAGACAUCAACAACAGGACCUGUGAGCGUGGCUCUACAAUCAUGCCCGUUGUUUGUUUAUUCCAUCAGCCAAUUUUAGUUCCUGCACGACAUACUCACUUACUGUAAUAACCUCCAUGGGUAGAGACAGGCAUGUUAGUGAGCUAUACAUGUUAUGUGUUUUGCCAUUGCUGGGUUGACUAUAAGAAGGUGUCAAAUAUUUUUUGUUGUUGUAUUAGAUAUAUAUUUGUAUGUAUUUGACCAUUAGGUGGCAUUAUUGGUGCUGUACUUUUGGAUCUGCUGUGCAUAAACUGGCUGGAAGUAAAAAAAUAAAAAUGAUUCCAAUAUUCCUGUAUAUUUUUGGUUUAAUGCUAAAAGAAGUCUACAGCUAUGGCCACAAGUUUAGCAUUAUCUAGAAUUUUAGGAUUGAGAUAAUUAAAACAAACUAUAUGAACAUAAUUUAGGUCUUUUAUUUAAUAUCAUGUAAUCAAAUUCACUACAAAAUGAUAUUGCAAAAGUCUAUGGAAGCCAUAAUAGUAGUACAGUAUUUCAUGUUAGAUUUAGAAAUGUCACAUUUUACAAUUUUUUGUAAGUACAUGGAAAAUUACAAACCAGCAUGUAAUUCAAUAUGUUAAUGUAACAUUAUUCAUUCAAUUAUGAAGCUAAAUUUGUUAAUUCUAGGGUGAUGCAAAACCUUUGGCCAUAGACGUAAAUAGCUCUUGGGCACUAUAGAAAAAAAAGCUAUUACCCGUAGUGGAGUAAAACUUGGUAAAUUCUUCAUCAUGCAAAUAAGUACUUGAUAAUCUCUGUACACUCAUAGUCCUGUUUAGCAGAUAACAAAAACAUUUUGAAGAUUCUUAUAUUUGUAUCCUAAGCAAAAAAAUGGUUUGUUACCAACGAUGUGUUUUCUAUUUAAAGACAAGGUAAGCUCUUGUAGUGGGCUGACACAGUAUUUGUUUUAUAUUGUAAAUGUGAUACAGAGUUCAUGAUAGCAUCAGUAAAACCUGCAUGGAAUUUCAAGGCUUUUUUAUAGAAUCAGUGCUUCUGCUGUGCAGAAAUUAUGUUUAUUGUUGUUGAGUAACUGAUUAAAACAUUUAUAUGAAUUAUUUUUGUUGGUGCUUAGUGCUUUGCAUCUUCAGCAGUAUUCAAUUAGUGUGAAACACUUAAUAAAUUUAAAUUUAAACAA